AUGACAAGCGUCGAGGUUCGCCGGGUGCUGGAACAGCUGCUGCGUGAUCCGUGCAACCAGCAGUGCGCCGACUGCAAGAACUCGGCCCACCCGCGGUGGGCAUCAUGGUCGCUGGGCGUGUUCGUCUGCAUUCGGUGCGCGGGCUUCCACCGGUCGCUCGGCACGCACGUCAGUAAGGUCAAGUCUGUGGACCUGGACACCUGGAAGGAAGAGCAUUUGCAGCAGGUGGUGCGGUUCGGUAACAACCAGCAGGCCAACAAAGUGUUCGAGGGCCGGCUGGGCGGCGGUUCCUACGUGCCCGACCAGAGCAAGAUGGGCCAGUUCAUCAAAACCAAGUACGAAGUGCGCAAGUGGUAUCUGGAGGAGGGCGCCUGCGAGCCGGCGUUGCCGGAGGCAGCGCCCGCGGCCGCGUCGCCGCUUCCCGUGUCGGUGCCCAUGUCGCCGGCCGGCGUGGGUCGCGAGGCGUCUGCUUCGCCUGCGCUGGCGGUCUCUCCUGCGCCGGCGUCGCCGCCCGUAUACUCCGCGAACGCGCGCCCUGACCUCAAGAAGUCCAUCUUGUCUCUCUACGCCAAGCCGCGGCAGCAGUCCCCUGGCGUGGCCUCCAGUGCCUCCUCAUUGAACAGCGCAGCGGCGUCCGCGGGUGUCAGCUAUAGCGCUGCCUCGCUCGAGGACAACGAGCUCUUUAAAAAUGUUUGGACUUAA